AUGGCGAACCCCGAGCAUGAUCGAAGCACCCGCGCAUUCCUCCUCCGCCCCCGUCCACCUCCGACCAUGUCUAUCCGUGUCCUGAUCAAAGAUUACCCACACCGCGCAAUCGCCCUCGCGACCUCGACCCACGCCCUCGUCCUCCGACACAGCUCAUCCACCACCGAACAGUCGGGGAACCCCAAUGCCUCGUCCACGUCACUGGGGAGCAAUGGCGCCGGCGUCGCGCGCUGCAUGGUCGAGUUCACCCGGUUGGAGGAAAUCGAUCUAGAAGACUACCGCGCGCUGCAUUCGGUCAACGUACACGGCACACUGGGCUUGAUCACCGUCAACAGCGAUGUCUUCCUCGUCGUCGUCAAUGGCGCGAGCAAGGUGGCGACAGUACGGCCUGGCGAGACGGUGCAGAGGAUAUACUCGGUCGGCUUCUACUGCCUGACCAGCACAAGCUACGAUACCCUGCUCAACGACGAAGUCAACCCCUACCCCACGGAUACAAUCGAUGACGAAGGAUAUGAGAUGGGCUUCGGUGGCAGGAAGGAGCAAUCGCCCAUGGAACACCCGUGUCUGGCGCUCAAGAAGAUCCUCAGCAGUGGAACCUUCUAUUACAGCUCAGACUUCGACCUCACCAGACGCUUACAAGACCGCACAACCGAUGCCGCAACCGUUUCUAUCGACAGUCUAGACGCUGGCUUUCUAUGGAACUCAUACAUGAUCCAGCCACUGGUGGACUUUAGGAGCCGCCUUGCGCCGAGGGAGAAGGACGCUUUGGAUGCUUCCGGGAUCUUGACAUCUGCCAUCCGCGGUUUCGCACUCACCAUUACGAUUCCCAAGUCUUCGGCCCCCAUCAGGGUACAGGAUUCCGGCAUGCCGUCGUCCAUGACGCUCAUCUCAAGAUUAUCCUGCAAGCGGGCGGGCACAAGAUUCAACUCGCGAGGUAUCGACGAUGAUGGGAAUGUCGCAAACUUUGUGGAAAGCGAAACAAUAUACUGGGCGCCGUCGGGAGCUUGCUUCUCUUAUGUGCAGGUGCGAGGAAGUGUACCCAUCUUCUGGGAACAGCAGGCUGGUCUCCUCCCAAACCAACAAAAGAUUACCAUCACCCGGUCGCCGGAAGCUACACAACCCGCCUUUGACAGGCACUUUGAUAAUCUGGAACUCAGCUACGGCACAACUCAUGUUGUAAACCUGCUGAGCAACGAAAAACAAAACGAGUUAGAGUUGACGCAUAGAUAUCGCGGGCAUAUCAGGAAUAGCCCGUUGAACCAAGGAAGCAAUCUCAACGACCGACAGCAUGACCUCAUCAAGCUUACGGAAUAUGACUUCCAUGCCGAGACACGAGGACCCGGUGGCUAUGAGAUGGCUAGUAUGAUUGCUCAGUGGAUCCAAGGUUCUGCUGAAGGAUUUGGGUACUAUCUCUCUGAAGAUGUGGAAGAAGUGGCCAGACACAAUGGAGAAGACUACGCUGUCCGCCGGACAAUGAGCAUACUGCAGCAGGAGGGAGUCUUCCGAACAAACUGCCUGGAUUGCCUUGAUCGAACGAAUCUCGUGCAAACCAUCAUCAGCAAGAUGGCACUCGAAAUCUUUUUGAGCCACAAAGGCCUUCGAGCCAGUCAGGACUUCUGGGUCAGACAUUCAAGUAUGUGGGCAGAUAAUGGCGAUGCUCUUUCAAAGAUCUAUGCGGGAACUGGAGCGCUGAAGUCCUCAUUUACGCGAUCUGGAAAGAUGUCGCUUGCCGGUGCUCUGGCAGACGCUCGUAAGAGCGCCACCCGAAUGUACAUUAACAACUUUGCGGAUAAAGGGCGACAGAACACCAUUGACAUGCUCCUUGGAAGACUGAUUGGCCAGGUUCCAGUGCAUCUCUAUGACCCGCUCAACGACUAUGUGGUCGCAGAGCUUGCGCGACGAUCUGCGGAGUAUUCGGAGACCGAGAUGAUCAAUAUUCUUGUCGGAACAUUCAACUUGAACGGAAAAACGAGUGGCAUAAAGAGCGAUCUUUCGCCCUGGCUAUGCCCGGAUGUCGAUCCAUCACAGCAGUGCCCCGAAAUAGUGGCUGUAGGCUUUCAAGAGAUUGUCGAAUUAAGCCCUCAACAAAUCAUGUCGACAGACCCAGACAGACGCGAGGCUUGGGAGGAAGCUGUCAGAAUGUGUCUCAACAAGAAUGCCGAGAAGCACAGAAAAGACGAGUAUGUUAUUCUAAGAGGUGGCCAGUUAGUGGGUGCGAGUUUGUCGGUCUUUGUCCGGGCCGACUGCCUUACGCAUAUCAAGAACGUCGAAGGCGCUCUGAAGAAGACUGGCAUGUCCGGUAUGGCUGGUAACAAGGGAGCCGUAGCUAUUCGAUUUGAGUACGCCAAUACCUCGAUCUGCCUUGUCACGGCCCAUCUCGCAGCUGGUUUUGCCAACUACGAAGAGCGCAACCGCGACUACAAGACUAUCAGCCAUGGCCUACGCUUUCAAAGGAACCGAUCAAUUGAAGACCACGACACUGUAAUAUGGCUCGGCGACUUCAACUACCGGAUUGGCCUGAAUAAUGAGAAGGUGCAACGGCUGUGCCAUGUUGGUGACCUCGAGACCUUGUACGACAACGACCAGCUUAAUCUGCAGAUGGUAGCUGGCUUGACCUUUCCGUACUACUCCGAGGCCCGCAUCACUUUCCCGCCGACUUACAAGUACGACCUCAACAGUAACCAAUACGAUACAUCCGAGAAAGCGCGCAUUCCCGCUUGGUGUGAUCGUGUACUUCGCAAGGGUGAUAACAUCCGACAAAUCCACUACAACGAUGCACCACUUCGUUUCUCUGACCACCGACCGGUCUAUGCUACGUUCCAGAUACUGGUGCAAAGGGUCGAUGAAAAGAAGAAGGAUGCCAUGAAGGCUACUUUGUACAAACAACGAAGAGAAGUGGUUGGCGAUACCCACGCUGCAGGCCGUCUGGGUGAUGAUGAGACGGACGACGAAGAUCUGCUUGGGUACGAUAGCAUUGAGCCAGGAUUGCCACCUGCAAGCUCAGAUCGGAGGAAGUGGUGGCUCGACAACGGUUUACCAGCGAUAGCACGCGUGGAACCGCCAUCUAAUAACCACUUUCCAAACCCGAAUCGACCCAGCAAUCCGUUUACGCCUAGUCCAGAGCCAGACUGGAUAGAUGUUCGGCAUAUGCCGAGCAGUCGCAGACCCGAGCCACCACCAGCACGCGGCUCACAGAGAGCACGCACAGUCGACUUCAACGGCCCCUCGACCAGUUUACCACCAACGCAGAAGCCCGCGGCUCGUAAGAUGAUCGCUCCGUUGUAUCCGGGUCAUGCCACUCAAAUCCUCGGUUCAGACGGUACGCGAGAUUCGCUCAGCGACCUCCGCCGCAGCGGCUCAAGCGCGUCUACACACUCCCUUCCCAGCAGCCUACCUUACCGCGCAUCAAAUACGCUGCCCCAAACACAAUCCUCCAGCAAACCACAAGUCCUCCGCAAACCAGCACCACCUCCAAUCCCCAAUAAGAAACCCGCUCUCCUUUCUAAAGGUUCCUCUCCAGGACCAACCUUCGCACCCCCUCCACAACGUUACCGUGAUGAUCCCCCGGAAGAAGAAUCGAGGGCAUAUCCUCCGCAGUCAACCAGACGCUCCAUGGCUCCGCCUCCUCAUCUGACCAGGAAACCAGUGCAAAAUCUUAUUGAUGAUGACGGUGACAAGCCGGCAUUGCCGCCGCGCACAGGAAGUGGUGGGAGUAGUAGGAGGAAUUUGAUGGACGAUGAGCCGGACGAUAUGCGUAAUAUGGGGGAUUGGGAGGUGCUUAGACCUAGAAAACGUAGCGCCCAUAACUGUGCGGGCGUCCGCAAGAAAGCAAAGGGCGCCGAUGACCAAUCCACCAAGGCCACCACUGUUAAUGCUACUCAUCCAGUCCUACAACGCCUCUAUCCCGAAGUCCUUACUCUGCGCCAGUAUCUGCUCUCUCGACUCCCAGGCUCGUCGAAGAAUAGGUACCGAAAGCUUUCGCAACUUGGACAUGCCAUACCCGCUGGAGACAAAAACACCGCGGACGACCUUGACAAUGCCGUUGUGCAGUUGCUCGACUCAGCACUGGUAUGCAAUCCAGGCGUCCAACUAGAAAAGGACAAAACAACGAGUAUCACCGAGGAGCGUGAAAAAGAUAUCGAAGUCUUCACCCAACAACGAUCGCAAAGCACUCCGGGCGGUACCUUCAAGCCGGGAUACUACAGGCAAUCCGAGAUUGUUGAUUUCGUGAUAUGGCGCUUAUUCAAGCGUUCAACAUCUCACAAACCAGCACAUCUACUCUGCUACGGCUUUCAAAGAGCUGCAGGCAGCAAUCGCCGUGCAUACAGGACCAGCGAGGAUCCGAGUUCAUCUAUUCCUGGUCUGCAAGAACGCCUACCUAAUAGCUACGCGAGGACGUUGAAAGAGCCAGUAUGGUGCCGAUUGCACGCAUUGCUCGGCCAGGGCGGGGACCGCAUUAUGAUGGACAUGCUUCUAGAGUGCUCCAUAUUCAUCUUGGUCAGUGCUGAUAUGGGCAACUACUAUCAGCUCUCUGGGGUUCCUGUGCAUGAGGUGAAGUCGGAUGAACCUCAGAAGAGCAACAUCGCAAGAGUCAACGCGGAUAAGGAAGCGCCCACCAAACCUUCACAGCUCAAGAUUGAAAGCAAAAAGCCUGGUGCUAUUACAUUUGUGCGCAGUCGCAUGCUUUACGCGAAAGCAGCGCUCAAUGCGAAAGGUGGUGUGAGAUUUGGCAUGCGCCACAUUCAUGUUCUCAAUCGAUUAACUGAUCGAAAAGACAAACAAGAGACAGUACAUGCCAUGCGGUAUAUCUUCCCGCGUCAGUUCGGGUUGCACAACGUCUUCACUUCCAAGGUGGAUCAUCGUGAGACAGCCAUGCCGUUCAAAGACUACACGCUGCGCGAGAAGGAUAUACAUACCGCCAUGUGCCGGGAGCUAGGCCCCAAAGCGACGGACGCCCAGGAGAUAGAUAAGUGGAAGCAGCGAAUACCAAAGAGACUCCGGGGUGACGCUGUUAAACUGGUGGACAAACUUCGGGUCCGCAACCAGCGGUGCUCGUAUAUGGAGAUGCUGCGCCACUACUGUCCAAUCGAGGGGGUACCCGUGUCAACGAAGCCAGAUUGGAGGAAGAGCGCACUUCAGCCGAAGGCAGAUGUACGAUCAGUCGCAGAUCCAGUCAAUCGUCGCAAGAAAGCGCGACCUACACCUGGAAAUCCCACCGUUCAAGAAACCUGUUUCACAGAUCUGGCGUGUCCAGCAGCACACGUAUCGGCCUUUUGCCGCGCAGUCAUAUCCAAAGUUAUACCGGAAGGAUUCUGGGGCAACGAGCAUAACCAGCGCACCCUCAUGUAUUGGGUGGACCAAUUCGUAGACAUGCGCAGAUUCGAAUCGCUUAAUCUACAUCAGGUUACACAGAACAUACAGAUCACGAACAUAGCUUGGUUGCGCCCACCCAGCCAAGACGACGACACCAAGGUAUCCAAGUCGGACAUAGACAAGCGUACGGAGAUAUUUAUCGAGUUCGUCUACUGGCUCUUCGACUCUUUCCUCGUUCCUCUGGUUCGCACAAACUUCCACGUAACGGAGUCCAACGCGCAUCGGAACAGACUUUUCUACUUCCGCCAUGAUAUCUGGCGGAUGUUAACAGAGCCUGCUUUGAAGGAACUACGGAUGAACAUGUUCGAGGAGAUGCCUACUGACAGUACGGAAAGACUGCUGUCCGCACGUCAGCUUGGUUUCAGUAACGUUCGUCUGCUACCUAAGAAACAGGGUUUCCGGACUAUCAUGAACCUCAAGAGAAGACAGCAGGUGAUGCGAUAUGGGACUAUGACUCUCGGACGAAGUAUCAACUCGGUGAUGACACCAGCUUUCAAUGCAAUUACUUAUGAGAAGUCGUUACGUCCCGAUAAAUUCGGCUGCUCACUUUUCUCCGUCGGAGAUAUGCUUCCCAAGCUUGCAUCUUUCAAAGCAUCGUUGCGACAGCGUGGGCUCGGCGACAUUCGGCUUUAUUUUGCUAAGGUUGAUGUUCAGGCUUGCUUCGACACUAUACCACAGUCACGCUUGCUGCGUAUGAUCGACAGUCUCAUGUCGAUCCAGGCUUACAACACCGGCAAACAUGUGGAGAUUUCACCCCUGGGUCCGCUACAGCGUCUCGGCGGUAAACAUGUGGACCCGAUGCCUCUCAAGAAGUACAUACCGCAUACUGAGGCAGCGACGAGAGUAACGCCUUUCCACCAACUCGUGCAAGAUAGAUUGGCGGGCACAAAGGCCAAUACCGUCUUUGUUAAUACCAACAUGCAGCGGCGCGAGACCAAGGAUGACUUGAUGCAGCUCUUACAGGAGCAUAUCGAGAGAAAUGUCGUUAAAAUCGGGAAGCGCUUCUAUCGCCAGAAGACUGGUAUACCACAGGGCUCAGUCUUAUCGAGCAUCUUGUGCAACUUCUUCUACGCUCAAUUGGAACGCGAUGUGCUUGGAUUUGUGCUUGAUGAAGAUUCAUUGCUUCUUCGUCUGCUUGACGAUUUCCUCUUGAUCAGUAUCAACGAAGAGUAUGCUCAGCGCUUCGUACGCGUUAUGCACAAAGGCCACCCGGAAUACGGCGUAGUGAUAAAGCCUUCAAAGUCGAUGGCAAACUUCGAUGUCACGACAGAAGAAGGAGACCGGAUAGCGACAAGCGGCUCAGAUGGUAAAUUCCCGUAUUGCGGCGUCUGUAUCGAUACGACGACGCUGGAAGUCAGCAAGAAAACAGAACGCCCUACAGAGACCGGUAUUGAGGACUCUUUGACUGUAGAUCUGACCAAAAUGCCUGGCCAAACGUUCCAUCGCAAAGCUCUGAAGUAA